AUGCGCUGUUCUACUGCUGCGGUCUUGGCCUCGGCUAUUCACGUCGUCACUGCGGCUUGGCAUCGUAACGCGGAGGAUAAGCAAUACACUAUCGAGACAACGAAUAUUAAGGCAAAGUUUAUCACUUACGGUGCCUCGAUUACCAACUUGUGGGUCAAAGACAAAAGGGGGAAUGAUAUCGACGUCGUUCUUGGUUACGAUGAUAUAAACUAUUACCCCACGGACAAAAGUCACCCAGUCUACAACUCCAUACCUGGCCGAUACGUCAAUCGCAUCGGACACGCUCAGUACUCCAUUGACAAUGUUACAUAUCACACCGAGAAGAAUGACGGAAACAACACUCUACAUAGCGGGAACAACAACUGGUCCUGGCGUUUCUGGGACGUCACCGCCGUCUCGGACGAUAGCAUCACCUUCUCAAUUCUGGACAAGUCGAACACCUCACUCAACAUGAUCGGCGACGUUCAAGCAAGCGUGACGUACACGGUCACCCCGAACAAGCUGAACAUAAACAUGUCUGCCAGGUCGCUUACAAACGAAACCCCCCUGAUGCUGACUCACCACACCUACUUCAACCUAGACGCCUACAAGGAUCCGAAGACGCCAACAAUAUGGAACCACACCUUGUCCAUGCCGUACUCCAAGCGCUACCUCGAGAUUGACGGCGGUGCUCUGCCCACCGGAAAGAUCCUGACCGCCGCCCCCGGGUCCGUCAAUGACUUCGCAUCCGCCAGGAACAUCGCGCUUGGACACUCUUCCUCGGACCCGAGCUUUGUUAAUAACUGCGGCAGCGGCUGCAACGGGUACAACGGCUACUGGCUGUUCGACUCCGCGCCCAAGGACGCCGCGGUCCUGACCCUCGCCUCGAACUACAGCGGCGUCAAGGCCGAGCUCCGCACCGACCAGCCCGGCGUCCAGGUGUACAGCUGCUGGUGGAGCGACGGGACUGCGCCGCUGAAGGACAGCACCCAGGGGCUCCCGGGGAGGUCAAAGGUCACCAGUGGCAGCUGUCUCGCUAUCGAGGCGCAGGACUACACUGACGGGAUAAACCAUCCCGAAUGGGGCCGUGUCCAUGAUGCAAUUUACGGACCAGGCGAAAAGUAUAACUGGGAAAGCUCGUGGACGUUCUCAACCCUGGAUCGAACCUAA